CGGCCGCGCUCCCGCCGCCUCUGCGGGGCCCUGCGGGGACCGCGGCGGGGCCGGGACCGAGUGGACGUAGGCGUUUCCGUGCCAUGGAGAGCGAGGCGCCCGUCGGCUCCCGGCGAUCGGAGCGGGGCGGCGGCAGCGCCGGUCCCUGCUGGGAGCCCCCCGGGGCCGGGCCCGUGGUGGUGGCGGCAGCAGCGACCAACGCGGCCUUCGAGGAGGACCCCCCGCCCUACUCGCCCCCGGACCCCAAGAGCGCGCAUCUCCUGUACCCGCCCUUCCCGGUUCUGCACCCGCCGGGGCCGUUCCCACCCCAGGGCCUCCCGCCCCGCACCUCCCAUGAGGGGGCACCGAGCACCGCGGGGCCCUCAGCCGCCGGCCACCGGCAGCCACUGCCCAAGGACUACCUGGUGGAGUCGGUGCUGGUGACCGUGUUCUGCUGCCUCCUGACCGGGCUCGUCGCCCUCAUCUACUCCCACGAGACCCGGGCUGCGCUCGGGCGCGGGGACGUGGUCCAGGCGUACGCGGCAUCCAGGAAAGCCCAAUCCCUGGUCCUCUUCAGCCUCCUCUUCGGGUUGUUCGCCUCCAUCAGCUGGGUCAUCUACGUCCUGGUGGCCCUGUACCUAUAACGGGGACCCCAGGUCCCAGGGACAUGGCCCGGCCUCG